UCUACUCUAUCAGUAUCGAUCGUCAUUAUACAUUUCACUUCAAACCACAGAUCGAUAUCAUAACCUCGAUCAGAAACACCCAUCUUUCAUAAUAUAGAUAGAUAUAUCAUGACUCCGAAAAUCAUUGUUCUCCUUGUUCUGGUAUCAUGUCUCUAUAUGCAUAUGUAUGCAUGCAAUGCCGGCCGAGUUCUAGGCUUCUCUAUUGAGGAAAGUGGCAGCCAAUUCCACGAUUCUGUUAAUGAGGAUUUAGAGAGAGUAUUGACCAAACUUUCCGAGACCACAUCAAUGCCAUCAUCAACUCGGAGGCCUUCCAUGUCAGUACAAGUGAAAAACCCUGAAACAGUAGUCAUCCACGAGAAGGCUGAUGUUUCGAAGAAACAAGGAGAAGCUGCUUCUAAACCAACUUCAUCAUCAGGACUCGAUGUUGUUACAUUAUUUACUUCUUCUCAGAUUGACCAGCAAUAUCAGAUUGAACUGAAGUUACAGGGAUCGAAGAGGCAGGCGCGAUCGGUACUGGGAUCUGCAACACAAGACAAUGACAUUGAGGAGGAUCAUGAUACAGAUUCUGAGGGAAGUUCAAAUGAAGCAGCUAUUGACGAGGAUGUUGGUGUCAUGGACUAUGCAAACCCUCACAAGAAACCACCCAUUCACAAUGAAAGGCCCUAG